AACACGGGAAACCCGCAGUUCACGAGAUCGUGAGAGCAUUGAGGUGGUGUCGUCGCGUUCCGUCUUUUGAGCUGCGAGUUUCUCGGUGCGUAUUUUCCUGUUUCGUGCUUUACCUGCUACAACUAGCUUCCCUUUAUUGUUUCUCCACGAAGAGGGUCAACAUGCGUGACCGAAUGCUAGACCUAAAGGGGCAAACCCCAGCAGAUAGCUCACCUCUCCGAGAGACCGUUGAAGAGGCCGCACCAUCCGCGAAGAAAGGCAAGGAAGAGAAAAAGGACAAGAAAAAGGGCGAUGCACUCCAUCAACCAGACCUGGAAAAAGGGGAAGGCGGAGAAAGUCCUGCCAUGAGAGCCUUCUUCGACGAGAUAUCGUCAAUCAAAGAUCAGAUUGCCGCGAUUCGACGGAAUAUUGAGAAUAUUGAAGGACUACAUCAAAAGGCGCUGAAUAUAAUCAGUGAUGAGGAAACAAAACAGAAUGCCAAGGAGCUGGACAGGGUGAUGGACCGAACGAACAAGCUGUCAGCGGAAAUACGGGCCAAGUUGAAGGCCAUGGAUGGGGACAACAAAGCCAUGGCCAAAAAGCCUGGACAGGAAAGCGAUGCGCGAAUCCGGAUCAGCCAGCACGGCGCAACAACCAAAAAAUUCCUGGAUGUCAUGAAUGACUAUAAAGCCAUCCAAACAAAGUAUCAAGAAAAAUACAAGCAACGACUUCAACGGCAAUUCCUUAUUGUCAAACCACAAGCGACUCCCGAAGAAGUUGACAAGAUGAUGGACGGACAGCAAGGGCCCAUUUUUGCACAACAGAUAAUGCAAUCGGGACAGAGGGGAGAGGCACGACGGGCUUUACAGGACAUUCAGGACCGACAUCAAGACAUCAUUCGGAUUGAACAAAGCAUUAUUGAACUGCAACAAUUGUUCAUGGACAUGGCAGUGUUGGUCAGCGCUCAGGGGGAGAUGUUGAACCAAAUCGAGGUGCAUGUCAGCAAUGCCGCGGAACACACAGAACAAGGCACACAAGCGCUUUCCAAGGCAAUAAAACUACAGAAAAAGAGCAGAAAAAAGAUGUGCAUUAUCAUUUGCUGCUUGUUGCUACUGUGCGUGGCAGUGGCAUUGGCAGUCUAUUUUGGAAUUGGCAGAAAAUAAUCUUCCUGGCGCAAAAGAGACUCGAUUCAGAUUGAUGGAAUAUAUAAGAUUGAUAGUAGAGGAUUGGUCGGGGGUGGCAUCGAUUUUCGAUUUUCAAGUUAUUGUCAAUAAUGAUAAGCUGUAGGUAAAGCCGGU